AUGCCAUACAACAGGGAAAUAAUUGCCUCCAUCUCAUUUGAGUCUGAGCCAUCCUCUAGGAAUAACUCGCCCAUACGAGGCGGCCUCAAUGACAACGUGAAGGCGCGAGAGUCACUUGAUGCUACAGGAGAACCCGUUUCCCAACAAAACGAGGCAACGCGUGACAUUAUUCGUUGUAUGAAAUGGGCCCUGGCGCAGAGUAUCACGAGUAUUUCUCAUCCAGCCAAGCAGCGACCUCUGAACCCGAAGAAAGACUUCACCAUAGAAACAACGAUUGAGGUCGAAGUGAAAAAAAACAAUACAUUAGGGUUAGGCUGUUGUGGUGGUGCAGCCGCGGUGAAGCGGCGUUCUUCACAAGUCAUGUCCGUUCGCGAGAGUGGAAAUAGUAAAGUUAAUUUUACUUAUAGUGAUACUGACGGUGCUGACGAUGAGGAAGGUCCACAAGUUUCCUUUAAAUUUACGGACUAUUCUCCAAUGUGUUAUCGUCAUAUACGGGAAUUUUUCAAUAUUGAGCCGAGGGCUUAUUGUGAUGUUUUGAUGCGCAGUAGAUGGCAUAGUACGCCUACGCCAGGGAAGUCGGCUGCACAGCUCUUUUUCUGUGGUAAGGACUGGGUUAUAAAAACCAUGACCACAGAGGAAAGUGAGUUUUUGCGUAGUAUCUUGCAUCGCUACUACUUUUUUGUGCUGGAUAAUCCACACACGUUACUGCCCCAUUUUGUUGGGCAUCAUCGCCUUGAAAUUGCUGGGGAUAAGAUAAAUUUUAUUAUAAUGCAAAAUGUCUUUGCAACAGGGAAUGCAAUACAUGAAAAAUAUGAUCUUAAAGGAAGUACGGUAGGACGUUUUGCUACCGAAGCCGAAAAAAGAAAACAGACAUGCACACAAAAAGAUCUUGAUUUAAACCGUCCAAUACAUGUGGGGCCGGCGCGAAGACAACAACUUAUUGAGCAAAUCAAUAAGGACUGUGAUUUUUUGAAACGAUCACACGUCAUGGAUUAUUCGUUUCUGGUUGGUAUUCAUGUAUUGCCGAUGCACGACUCACGGAGAUUGGGGACUAGUGUAAUGGGGGGAAAAGAAAGCAUAAAUAUGUUAUCGUCAACAUUAGCCUUUGAUGGCACGCUAGCUAGUGGGGUUUUAGAUGGACAAUUUAACCAGACAAAUGGUGUUUUUCACAUUUCCCCGAACGAGCCUGUCAUUGACGGAAGAUGCUUUACUGCCGAUGAAGGUGGCAUGCGUAGCACGGACCAGCCAGGUACUCGGAGGGAAAUAUAUUACAUUGGAAUCAUUGAUAUCUUGCAGAAGUAUAAUGCACGGAAAUAUUUAGAGACGUCAUGGUUUGGUUUGGUAAACGAUUCAAAGAAGAUAUCUUCCGUCCCUCCUCGCGAAUACGCGGAGCGUUUUUUGGCCUUUGUUUCCUCAAUUAUUGUGUGA